AGCGGCGGCAGCAGCAGCAGCGGCCAGUGCCAGGCGCCGUUGGCUGGAUGCGGCAGAGCCCCUCCCGCUACCCCCAGGCACCAAGCCCCGCCGGAGCCCGCGCCCCUCGCAGCGCAGCAGCCGUCGCCGGCGCCCCGGGCUGGCAGGAUGUUUGACAAGACGCGGCUGCCCUUCGUGUUCCUGGACGUGGUCUGCGUGGUGCUGGCUGGCUUACCCCUGGGUGUUCUAAACUUGGCCAAAAUAAAGCCAUAUCAGCGAGGCUUUUUCUGUAAUGAUGACAGCAUCAAGUAUCCAUUCCAUGACAGUACCGUCACAUCCACUGUCCUCUAUGCAGUGGGGUUCACCCUGCCCAUUUUCUCUAUAAUCGUAGGAGAAGGCCUGUCUGUCUAUUAUAACUGUUUGCACUCGAAUUCAUUUGUCAGAAAUAACUACAUAGCCACUAUUUACAAAGCCAUUGGGACCUUCAUUUUUGGUGCGGCGGCUAGCCAAUCCCUGACGGACAUUGCCAAGUACUCCAUAGGUAGACUGCGGCCCCACUUCCUGGCUAUAUGCCAACCAGAUUGGACACGAGUCAACUGCAGUCUAGGUUACAUUGAAAACUUCCCAUGUCAAGGCGACAAAGUACAAGUUAAUGAGGGAAGACUGUCAUUUUACUCUGGGCAUUCUUCAUUCUCCAUGUACUGCAUGCUGUUCCUAGCACUUUAUCUUCAGGCCAGAAUGAAAGGAGAUUGGGCAAGACUUGUACGUCCCACAGCACAAUUUGGUCUCAUUGCUGCAUCUAUCUACGUGGGUCUCUCCCGUGUUUCUGAUUACAAACAUCACUGGAGUGAUGUGUUGACUGGACUCCUUCAGGGAGCCGUGGUAGCUGUGCUCAUCGUGGUGUAUGUAUCAGAUUUUUUCAAAGUGAGGGGAUGUACCUUUAAACCCAAUGAAGAAGAUUCGCAUACAACUCUACAUGAGACACCAACAAAUGGAAAUCACUAUGGCAGUAAUCAUCAACCAUGAAGAAUUGCUGAGCAUGAUCCUGUGAAGCCUCCUGCUUUCUAAAAGAAAAAUGAUUUAAUGAGUCUCCCUAUGUAAAAUAAAUAAAUGCCUUUAAGGGACUGCUGCUGCUAUAUAUCUCUUGGAUGCUCACUUUACAUGUGUAUAUAGUAACAUAACAGCAUUAUGUAUAUCUAACAGCUUUAAAAAUCUUUUUUAAAAUUCUAUUAGUUCAAGCUUACUGCUUAUAAAAACACUUAAAUGUAAUUUUUUUAUUAAAAUAACAUGGUAACACUUA